CGUUCUGUGAGUGUGUGCCCAGCUCCUCCCAGCUCAAACAUCGCUGGUCAGACUCAGAAACUGCCAGGGAGACCCCGGCCAAGAGGAUGAGCUGCAGCUACUUGCUUUGCACUAUCCUGCUUUUCGUGGCUGUAUUGCUGGCUGUCACUGUAACUGGCACCAUCCUUUUUAUGAACCACUACCAGGCCCCACCCAUGUCCGAUGGCCUACCCCACAUUUCCACCAAUCAGGAUGAAGCCAAUGCUCUGGUCACUGUUGAGAGAGGGGAUGGAUCUCGUAUCAAUAUCUUCAUCGACCCUAACUGUCCUGACUACAACAGUAACUUUUUGCGCCUGGAGGGUGUGCAGACAUCACUGCUCCACUCACUAACCGACCACGACUCUGACCUGAAGUCAGUGAAAGGCCAGGAUCGGGCUCUUCUCGUCAGUCUGGCUGAAGAGGUGGCCAAGCUGUCAGCCCAUGCGGGGCAGCUGAAAAUGGACUAUGAAUCCUUACGCAGGGGGCAGGGCAGCCUUGGGCAAGACCUUAACACACUGCAAACAGAGCAGGGACGCCUCAUACAGCUGCUGUCAGACAGCCAGAUCAACAUGGUUAAGGUAGUGAACUCAGUGAGUGAUGCUCUUAACGCCAUGCAGAAGGAGAACGUGGGCCUGAAGGCUCGUGUCAAGGCCGACUUGCAGAGGGCACCAGUCAGAGGGGCCCGUUUCAAGGGCUGCUCCAAUG